AAAAGCGUAAGUGUACAGGUUACGUUACUUUUGAAAAUUCACGAACUUUUUAGUGCAAUCUUAACUACGUACCAAUAUAAAUGGUGUGGUGGUAGAAGCCUAUAAUGCAAUUUCAAAUUUAAAAAAAAAAAAAAAUGCACAGCAUCAUGUUAUCACUGCGAUUCUCACUUUCCCCUUCCAAUAUUACGCUUACCAAAAAAAACCAAUAUCAUUUUGGUACCAAAUUCCCCAAGGUUUUUGCAACUACUACUAGUAGUUCAAACAGUGAUAAUGGAAAUGUGGGGCUUGGAGGGCCGGAAGUGGCACUGCCGGAGGGCCUCAAGAGAGAAUUAAUGCCUAAGCACGUCGCGGUCAUUAUGGAUGGUCAUAGAAGGUGGGCAAGACAGAAAGGUUUGAGCGUUGAGCAAGGUCAUCGUGCUGGAGGGGAGAAAAUGAUGGUUCUAACUCACCUUUGUAGUCAGUUGGGAAUCAAAGUUCUCACUCUCUUUGCAUUUUCUACUGAAAACUGGAUUCGCCCUAAAGAGGAGGUUGGCUUUCUCAUGAAGUUGUUUUUAGAUACAGCAAGCUCACAAGAAAAGUUGGAUAAGUGGACAAGGAAUGAUAUACGAGUAUCAUGUAUUGGGGAUAAAUCAAUCCUUUCCAAGCCUCUACGGGAAGCUCUUACUCUGCUAGAGGAGAAAACGAAGUCUAAUUCGGGAUUGCAUGUCAUGAUAGCACUCAACUACAGUGGAAGACAUGAUAUAUUACAAGCAACUAAAAGGAUUGCCAAGAAAGUAAAUAAUAGACUUUUAGAAGUGGAAGACAUUGACAAGAACCUCUUUGAACAAGAAUUGGAAACUCAUUGCAUCGAAUUCCCUGAACCAGAUUUAUUAAUUCGAACAAGUGGAGAGCAAAGACUUAGCAACUUCAUGUUAUGGCAAUUAGCUUACACUGAACUCUAUUUUACAAACAAGUUGUUCCCUGACAUGGAAGAAGCUGAUUUUAUUGAGGCUUUAAUGUCGUUUCAACCAAGACAAAGACGUUAUGGUGGAUAUAUCACAAAAACCUAGUAUGUAUUCAAAGAACUUCAAUAGUUGAGAAUCGUUCCUCUUUCAAAAUAAGUAUCCUCUCUUGGAUUUCUUAUUGUUAAAUGUCGAAAGUCAUGUAGUAAUUGAAUACCAAUGAGUGUCGUUGAAUUUCUUGAAGCUAAGACGUGUGAAUUUCAGAAGGAACUCUAUCUUUUUCAUCAAGGAUCUGAUUUGUGGACGACAAUCUUACACAUAAUUUAUUUGUUUAUAAUACAUUGAUAUAUGCA